AUGCCAGUAUACCAGUAUGCCAUUAUGACAGUAUGCCAGUAUGCCAGUAUGCCAGUAUGCCAGUAUGCCAAUAUACCAGUAUACCAGUAUGCCAGUAUGCCAGUAUACCAGUAUGCCAGCAUGCCAGUAUGCCAGUAUGCCAGUAUGCCAGUAUCCCAGUAUGCCAGUAUGCCAGUAUCCCAAUAUGCCAGUAUGCCAGUAUGCCAGUAUGCCAGUAUGUCAAUAUGCCAUUAUGCCAGUAUCCCAGUAUACCAGUAUGCCAGUAUACCAGUAUGCCAUUAUGCCAGUAUCCCAGUAUGCCGGUAUGCCAGUAUACCAGUAUGCCAUUAUGCCAUUAUGCCAGUAUGCCAGUAUGCCAGUAUGCCACUGAUUUAA